GUCUAGUCCCCGUUUUCGAAUUUUUCAAGCGCAAAGAAAAGCCAGAGAGAGAACCUAAAAUCAAAAAAAAAUUCUUGAAUCUACAGAGAGGGAAGGGGGAGACAAAACCCACGACUCCUUGCCAGUAGAAUAAUCAAAAUCUAGCGUAAAGAAUCAAUCUUGAAGCUCAGGCAUCAUGCCUUCAGGUGCUAAGAAGCGAAAAGCUGCCAAGAAAAAGAAGGGAUUGCAAGUUCAAGGGGCGCCCCACCUACCCAACUCUACGCUUCUUCACUCCAAUGGGGAAGAGGAUUUGGAGCAUCACAAUGACAAGGACAGUGAUGGAGGGGAUGUUAGUUCCCCUGCAUCUCAAGAUAACCAUAACUUCCAUGAAUUAAUCGAUCGGGAGGAGGAAGAGGUUGACAAGAAGGAGGAUGGUUCACUUGAUCAGUCAUCAAUUCACGAGCACAAAUCUGAUGAGAUGACAAAUGGAGGUGGAGAAACGGAGAAGGGAAGUAUGGAAGAGGAGAGUGGUCUUCACGUUGAAGAGGUUGAUAAGCAGGAGGAUGGGUCGCUUGAUCAGUCAUCAAUUCACGAGCACAAAUCUGACGGGAUGACAAAUGGAGGUGAAGAAACGGAGAAAGGAACUAUAGAAGUGGAGAGUGCCCUUCACCUCGAAAGGGAAUUCAAGGUCGAGGAUAUAAGCAUUGAGUGCACUGAAGCCCCAAAAGAAUCUCUUGAAGGAGGCUUAUUCAGGAACUUGAGUAGCAGCAGCGACUCAGAAGAUGGAUCCACUGCUGCCCAUAAGACUAAAAUUGUCGUAGAUGACACUCCUGCUGUUGAUUUAGUGAAAGAAGUUGAUUCUUUAUCUGCUGGUAAAGUCAAUGAUGCAAUGUCUGAAAACAAAGUACAAGUUGAAAAGUGUGAUUUUGAUGGAUCGGGAUUGAAGGAAAACGAGGAUAAAAAAAUGGGCGUAGUUGAGGAGAAUGCUUCUGUAUCAGAAGGUGUAGUGAAAAUGGACUUGGUGAAAAUGGAGGAUGAAGCACACUUUGCGAUUCAAGUAAAUGGAGAGAAAGUAACUCAGUUACACGAUGUUCCCAAAGUUUGUGCUAGUAUUGGAGACGAGGGAGUAGGGGAAAAAGUGGGUGAAGCUAUUCAGAUAUCCCGUGAUAUUGAUGUGAAAGCAUCAGAACCAAGGGACUUUGCUACUAUGGAAAAGAGCGAUACGCUUACUCUAUCUUACAAUGCCCCCAUAAGCAUUGGAGAUGAUCCUGUUAAAGAUUCUGAGCUUUCUGAGUGCUCUUAUAAUCAGCAUCAAGCUGGUUCAGCUCUACGACCAGUGCAAACAACAUCUUUGAAGGGUUGCUGUGGCCUGUUUGAGUUGUUCACUGGAUCCAAUAGAUAACUUCAGGAGAGCAUGGAACGAGCUGAGUAUAUGUGCCAGAGAAGCAUGCAGGGAUUUGAUGGUUCGUGAUUCUUGUUGUUAAUGUCUAGAAUACUCGUGGAAGAAUAAAUAGUAAGGCAAUGUGUUAUAGAAACUAUUAUAGCCAGUUUAAGUAAUGUUACAGUGUUAUUUUCUUGAAAAGCAGCUUGGAACUACUUGCUUCUGUGCUGCUUUCUAGGUAUUUUGCAGCCAGUUAGCUUUCGAUUAAGAAUUUCGUGUUUAUUGGUGUGAUGUAUCUACAUGGAGUGAAUUUUUUGGUUGUUUGGAAGCUUGAAGUUGUAAACUUUUCUGUGUUUUUUGAAUAUAACCUUAGUACCAUUAUUAGAAGAAUGCUGAAUCA